GCGGCGGCCGGAAGCGGCGGGCGCGCGGGGCAGCAAUGGCGGCGCCCUCGGCCCCGCCGGCUGCCGCCGCCCUCACGGUGCUGUUGUCGGUCGGUGCCUCCGCGCCCGGAUUGCUGCGGGGUGUCCCCGCCGCCCACUCCGCCGCCGCGCUGCGCCCCGCAGCCCUGCACGACGGGGAAGUUCACAGGUUGAUCACCUACAUCUUUGUCUACGAGGACUUGAUCUCCCUGACCUGUGGUGCUGUUAUCAUCUGGUACUUUGCUGGCAGCUUUGAGAAGAACGUGGGCACAGUGAAGCACUGCAUCCUCACUGCCACUUUCUCCGUGCUCUCCGCCCUCCUGUACCUCUUCCUCGAGCCCCUUGUAUCCAGGCUGUUGGAAGUGGGAGAUGCCAAAGGGUUCAUGCCAGUGGCUUUUGCCACGCUGGGGGUUUCUACCACCCGCUCGCGCAUGAAGAGGACUCUGGUUUUUGGGUGCAGAGUUCCUGUGGUGCUGGUGCCAUGGUUUGGGCUCUGCAUAGCAUGGUUUGUCCCCCACUCUUCGCUUUUGGGGAACUUGUGUGGGCUUCUGGUUGGGGAAGCCUAUGGUCUUGGCUACUGUUUCUGCUUGGAUUUUCCAGAGUCGGUGGGCUCUAAGCUGGACCGGGUAUUCCCUUUCACUCUGCUAAAGAGGAUACCAGGGCUGGAAUACAUCCCAGGGUCCUUAGCAGAGAGAAGAGCCUCUGAAAACAGCAAGAUUAACCCUGUGCCUGGCACUUACCCCACCCAGAGCUACCACUGCCCUUCGCCUCUGGCUCUUCCUGCUUCCCAGCACCCCAGUGCUCAGAGCCAGGGCUUGCAUCACGGCCACGCUCCGGGAUACGGCCACACUCUGGGAUACGGCCACACUCUGGGACACGAGGGAUCUCAGCAGGGCCACGCUGCAGGACACAGCCUCAGUUCUUCCCACUACCAAGCCAGAGGUGCCUUUGGAGAGUGUCCUGGGCAGGCCCACGCUGGAGCCUCACCGGGACAGUGCUGCCAGCUGGGCAAAUUCUCUGUCCCACAGCACGUGUGCCCAGCUCAGCCACAGCCACCUGCAGCCACGGGCCUUCUGGCUGCUGUUCAGCAAGCACCAGGGUAUCCAGCAGCACCAGUGGCCUCUGUUUCAGCUGAAUUUACCAGAGUCCAGGUGUACUGAUCCUCCAGAGAGCAGCAGGACUCACACAGCAGUGCACUGCUGGCAUCUUUGCUGUGUCUGGGGUGAGUGUUGGAAUGGGUUGGUAGCUCCAGUGAAGGCCAUUCCCCUGCUCCCUGGCACAGUCUACUUGAAUUAUAUUUCCCUUAUAAUUUUUUUUUUACUUCUUGAUGUUGUUGGAGGAUGGGAGCUGUAUCACCUCUGUGAACUUCUCAUCCUUUUGAAGUCUUUCUUCCCG